AUGGGUUACGUCGACGAGGUUUCCAGCGGCAAUGACUCCAGCGUCGGGCUGGAGUCGGUGGGUGAGAAGAAGAGAAUGCAGCAAGAGGAGCCCCCCGCGUUCGACAAGGACCUCGUGGGGGAGAUGAGUGAGGCCGAGCGUCAUGUCAUCGACCAUGGCAUUCAAAAAUUCAGUCGUCUCGGGUGGAAACGACUCACCGUGGUCCUCAUCGUCGAGGCCAUCGCCCUGGGCAGUCUCUCCAUCCCCUCCACAUUCGCCAAGCUGGGCAUGGUGGCCGGUGUCAUCUCCUGUGUGGGAUUGGGGCUCGUGGCCAUCUACACAAGUUACAUUGUCGGACAGGUGAAGCUGCUCUUCCCCGAGGUCGCCAAUUACGCCGACGCGGGCCGUCUCAUGUGGGGUCGUUUCGGUUACGAGUUGAUCAACCUGAUGCUGGCGUUGCAGUUGAUCCUGCUCACCGGAUCGCACUGUCUCACGGGUACUAUCGCGUUCCAGAACAUCACCGAGAGUGGUAUCUGUUCCGUCAUCUUUGCCGUCAUCUCGGCCAUCAUCUUGUUCCUACUCGCGGUCCCACCCAGCUUCACCGAAGUCGCAAUUCUCGGCUAUGUGGAUUUCGCCUCCAUCGUGAUUGCCAUUGGUAUCACCAUCAUCGGUACCGGCGUGCAGGCGACAAAUGCCCCGGGUGGGCUCGCCGCGGUGAAUUGGUCCGCAUGGCCCAAGCCUGAUCUGAGCUUCACCGAGGCCUUUAUCGCCAUCUCCAACAUCAUCUUCGCCUACAGUUUCGCCAUGUGUCAGUUCUCCUUCAUGGACGAGAUGCACACGCCCAGUGAUUUCCCCAAGUCAGUCUGGGCUCUCGGUAUCACGGAGAUUGUCAUCUACACCGUCACUGGCGCGACCAUCUACGCCUUUGUGGGUGAGGACGUCAAGAGUCCCGCGCUCCUCUCGGCCGGACACACCCUUAGCCGCGUCGCCUUUGGUGUCGCCCUGCCCGUGAUCUUCAUCAGUGGAUCCAUCAACACCGUUGUCUUUGGCCGUCUCGUGCACGGCCGCAUCUUCGCUAAUUCUCCCGUCCGAUUCAUCAACACCAAGAUGGGCUGGCUCACGUGGUUGGGAAUCAUUGCCGCUGGCACUGUUGUUGCAUUCAUCAUCGCGGAAGUGAUCCCCUUCUUCAGUGACCUUCUGUCUCUGUCCUCAGCACUGUUCAUUUCGGGCUUCAGUUUCUACUUCCCCUCGUUGAUGUGGUUCCUCUUGGUUCGCAAGGGCAGCUGGACCGAGCCCAAGAAUCUGAUGUUUGCCGUUCUCAAUGCCUUUAUUCUCGUGAUUGGCUUGGUCAUCUUGGUGGCCGGUACCUACACCAGUAUCGCUGAUAUUGUAAGCUUUUCCUGUUCGCUUCCUCGCUCUGUGCCCCCCUGGCCCAUGACGAAUCACCGCAAUGCUAACUCUUAUUUUUCUCCCUUUCCACAGAUCAACAACUACAACCAAGGAACCGUUCGCGGUGUUUUCACUUGCGCUGCCCCUGAGUAA